UUCCUCCUCUGCGAGUACGAGAUGCUGCCGCUCUCUCCUCUUUUGAGCCGCUUUCCUGAGCUCUGUCCCUUUGUGUCCUUCGGCUUUGAACAGGCACAAGAUGCCAGAGCCCCAAAACCGACGGCGGGUUCAGGUUCGUCCUCUUUCUGCCGGGUCCAUGGAAGGUCUCACGCGUCAGAAAGUGCUGAAGUGAAGCAGUUUAUCAGCCACCUGGAGCAACGGCUCAUCAUGGAAUUGAACCCGGCUGAGGCGCUGGAAGCCAACAGGCGCUUGGAAGAGGAUUUAAACAGAGCCGAAAGAAAAGCUGCUCGGCUGGAAAUGGAAGUGACCCUGCUGAAAAAGAACAUGGGGAGAAAGACAACGGCAUUACAAACCACAAGAGAAGAAUUACGGCAGGCCCGGCAGCAGAUGGAGCAGUCCCAGGCUCUGUACAUGCAGGCGGAUCAGGAGAGGAAAGACGCCGUCCAGAGGGCGGAAGAGCUGCGGGAACGAGUGGCCCAGCUGCAGGGUGAAAACCUUUGGCUCCGUCAGCAGCUGGGGGACGCGCAGAACAAGGCCGCCCCCGAGCCCGUGAGAGAAAUGGGACAGCCAGAGGAGACGUCAGUGGCAGCUGGGACACAGCAGCACGAUGGGCUGGAGCGAGAGAACCCCCACGUGCCAGAGGACUUGGACAAGGUCAAGGCCAAGGUGUGUGAACUCUCCGCACAGCUGGAGCUGCACUCCCAACUAUCUCUGCAGCUCAAAGCCUCAAUCCAGGGGCUGCAAGAGCUGGUGGCUCUUCUGCCACAUGGCUUGGCCACUCCUGGGGGGGCUCAGGGCCCAGCAGCGCUUCAUGGGCAAGGCUGUGAGCAGCCAAGGGAGGAGCAGCUGGAGCCGAGGAGGAGAGACCUGGAUCCCAACGUGCAGAGAUCACGGAACCUGUGGGACCUGAGCCGCUCCGCACAGCCCGGCCUUUCUGCCAGGGCCGGCGCGACGCCGGCAGAAGCCGCUGCCCAGAGCCCGCGGGAGCCGCGGCGCAGACGCUUCCGUCGCCAGGCAAAGACUCUGGGCCAGAGCCGGGGAUGGAGCGGGAGCCCGUCGGGCUCAGGCACCGCUGAGCGUGGGGCUGGAUCUGCUGGGGAUUCGCCCCGGGUGUCUCCUGCUCCUCUGCCGAAUGCAGAUGACGUCCAGGGUCCCCCGGUCAGGGCAACACCGGCCGACCUCGACGGUUUGGAAGAGGAAUUGUUAGAAUAGUUAGAAAGCGGCCAUUAAACUCGUGAAGGUCCCUUUCCCGUGCCCAUCUGCUGUGCUUUCCCAUGGCGUCUCCUCCUGGGCCCCACAGCGCUGGGCUGAGCCGGGGGCAGCGGCUGGGGACAGCAAAGCCCCUGGAGCCCCCGCUGCCCUGCUCCCCGGGGGCUCGGGGCUGUGGGGCCGCAGGGGCCAGCCCGGCUCUGGGGGGGCUGCCCAGGCCCUGGGACCCCUCACACCGGGGACGCUGGGAGCCGCAGUCCCUCGCCUCACUGCACCAUUCUCCCAAGAACACUGUUUAAUACAAUGUGAGACGCAUGUACGUUUGUGACAAUAUUUGUCUCCUCUGAUCCUGCCGUGUU